AUGUCACGGCUGUACUUCAAGUUGGGGGAAGCAGGACAGCAAGGUGGUCGUUAUGCGCCUGGGAAUGGGGAUGAAGAUGGAAUUGAUUAUGUUCAAGUUGUUCAUCUUUUGGCUGAACAUACCACUGCAUCUCCUCGCGAACUGUCUUCUUCCGAUAUGGGACAUCAUACUAAGAAUUCAAUUCCUCCAUCAGAAUAA